GGGAAGAACCUAAUUGAGAAUACAAAAAUCAUUUUCUCAAUUACAUUUUCUUUGUUCUCCUUCGAUUCUCUCUGCCCGAAGCGAGUUCUACUGGCUCAGAUCCACCAGAUUGUUGCUCGAAGCUCAGUUUGAGCUCAAGAUGGAUACUACUAGGGAUGAUGAUUUCACAUUCUCAAGGGUUGUGCCACAAGAUAGUGAAGUUGUUCUAGAGGCCAAAGACCUUGCAUCACAUGUACACGAUAUUGCCCUUAACGAUGGAUCAGAUCGUCAAAGCAACUCUCUGAAACAAGAUCCUCCAAAGGAAAAGAUAGUAGGUUCUCUGUCUUUCACGGUGACUGAUUCCUCAUCUUCAAAGCUGUCCAAUGAAUCAUCUGAGAUCCUCAAAGCUUCAGCUAGGAAGCCUAUAAAACGUACCAAAGUUCCAUUUGAAAAGGGUUAUAGCCAAAUGGAUUGGCUCAAACUUACACGAACACAUCCCGAUCUUGCAGGCCUCAAGGGAGAGUCAAACAGGAGGCUUAUUUCAAUGGAUGAAGUUAAGAAGCACAAAUCAGGAGAUUCGAUGUGGACUGUUUUGAAAGGUCGUGUGUACAACAUAUCACCUUAUAUGAAUUUUCAUCCUGGGGGUGUCGAUAUGCUGAUGAAAGCCGUUGGGAGAGACGGUACGUUCUUGUUUAACAAGUACCAUGCUUGGGUCAAUUAUGACAUCUUACUUGAGAAAUGUCUUGUUGGAGUUUUGGAUGAUACCAAAAUGAAGAAGCAAGAAGCUUAAUGGCUAAUGCUAAAAGGUUGAGAUUAUCUCAUACACGCGUAUAGAGAGGAUUCUUAAGUCAAUAAGAUUUUUUUUAGUGUUUCCAUUUUGAUUCUUCAAAUGAAAACGCUGAUCACAACAUGUACUGUGUAUUAGACUUUUACACAACUCUUUGAUGUCAAUAUGUUAAAGGUUUCCAGAAUCAGUGAUUCCCAUGUUAAUCUCUUUUACAAA